AUGGAAACUGACAAGAACAUGAAGAAAAUCGUUUUGAUGCGAAGGAUUUUACCUGGAAAAACAAAGAAUAAUAGUCAUGAUAACAGGCUUUUGAUCACUGUGAAUGUGGUUGCCAGUUCUGGGCCAUUGAGGCUUGUGGUGAAAAAAAAUGAUAAAGUGUCGACCGUUAUAAAUUCGUCGUUGAAGUUGUACGCUGGUGGUGGGCGCCUUCCGGUUCUUGGAUCAGAUUUCAAGAAUUUUAUGCUCUAUGCAUUGAUUGAAGGAUCAGCAUUAAAUCCUAGUGAAGAAAUAGGGUCUUAUCAAGCGAGAAAUUUCGUUCUAGAUCAAGUGUGUAUCACUCACUUUUCACAUAUCGAUCUCAAUUCCUUCCAUUCGCCUCCUCCAUGUCUCCAUAGCAGCUCCUAUCAACGACAACAACUCCCCUCUCCGACAAACAUCUCUUUUCUUUGCAUUUGUGUUUCUAUGCUCGUUAUUGCAAAAAAAACUCAGAUUCUUUCCCGUCGUCGCCUCCAUGUCUCCGUAGCAGCUACUCUCAAUGACAACAACUCCCGUCUCGGGCAAUCAUCCGCUUUCUCGUUCCCUCUAUGCAUCUCUGAGCUCGUUCUUGCCAAAAAAAAAAAAAACAGUUCGACUGCUUCUGGAGCUUUUCAUAAUGCCUCAACUUGGCCUCCUCAAACAUCAGAUGAAGAGCACAAAAUUGAGGAUGAGUAUCUAGAGGGUCGUAGUUUUGGUGAGAGUGAGUUUAAUGGGGGUAGUCGGAAGGGAAAACGUAUGUUCGAAGAGGAAAUGGAGGGUUUACCAGGUUCAAGAAGAAUGAAAAAAGGUCCUGGAAAUUCCAAAUACAAUAUCUUGUUGGAUGCAUUUUCCAAAUCGAUAGUUAAUUAA